CCGGCGCGCAGGCGCGGUGACGGUGCGAUGGAGGAGCGGUGGGCUGGCGUCGGCGCCGCUUCGCCUCCUGAGGCCUUUUAAACACAAAAGGGACGCGUCGUCGCAGCGCUCUCUCAACCCGCGUCUUCCAGAAACAGGAUGGCUGUAAAUUGGAUUGGAAGCCUUGUUUCUAUUAACUGUGGAGAAACUCUUGGUGUAUAUCAGGGUAAAAUUUCUGCUGUGGAUCAGGCCAGGCAGACGAUAUCUUUGACACAGCCAUUCCGUAAUGGGGUGAAAUGUUCAGUUCCUGAGUUAACUUUUAGUGCAAUUGAUAUCAAGGAUCUUAAAAUAUUGGAGCUCCCGAAUUCACAUUUGACUACAGGCCUAGCUCAGUCUUCAGUGUUCACUUCUAGCAAUUUAUCUCACAUUGCUUACUCAUCUCAGAAUGGAGCUGGUAAAGGUGUAAAGAAACCCAAUUCUUCAGGAACAGCCCCACAAGCAAUUCCACGUCGUGCAGAGCUCAAGGUUCAGGAUCUGGUCACGUCACCACAGCAGUAUUCGAAAAGCUAUGUGGAUCGUCACAUGGAUUCUGCCCUCACACCAUCUAAAGCAUUUCGUCGAAGACAUAAUUCUUGGUCCUCCAGCAGCAAGAUUCCUAAUCAAGCUACGCCAAAGAAAAAUGGAGUGAAGAAUGGGCAAAUGAAAAAUAAAGAUGACGAAUGUUUUGGGGAUACAAUUGAAGUAAUCCUCGACACAGAUUUUGAUUUUGAAGGCAACCUAGCACUCUUUGACAAAGCGGCAGUGUUUGAGGAAAUAGAUACUUUCGAAAGGCGGAAUGGAACACGUUCCAGGGGGACUCCCAAUGAGAAGCCAACAAGAUAUCGCCAUGAUGAAAACAUCCUGGAAUCUGAGCCCAUUGUCUACAGACAAAUCACGGUGCCACAGCAUAGUGGUAGAGAAUAUUGCACUGAUUCGGGAUUAGUUGUCCCUAGUAUUUCAUAUGACUUGCACAAGAGGUUGCUGGCAGCUGCAGAACGACAUGGCCUAUCAUUGGAACGCAGACUGGAAAUGACUGGAGUAUGUGCCGGACAGAUGACACUAACACUGCUGGGUGGGCCUAACAGGUUAAAUCCCAAGAACGUCCACCAAAGACCUACAGUUGCGUUACUGUGUGGACCACACGUGAAGGGGGCUCAAGGAAUCAGCUGUGGGCGCCAUCUUGCCAAUCAUGAAGUACAGAUUAUUUUGUUCUUGCCCAACUUUGUGAAGAUGCUGGAAUGCAUCACCACCGAACUUCAACUUUUUAGCAAGACGGACGGCAAGCAAGUGGCGAGUGUGAAAGACUUGCCAGACACUCCCGUUGACUUGGUGAUCAAUUGCCUGGACUGCCACGAGAACCCAUACCUUCGCGAGCAGCCGUGGUACAGAGCAGCCGUUGAAUGGGGUAACCAGAACCGGGCGCCAGUGCUAAGCAUCGACCCGCCCGUGGGUGAAUUGGAGCACGUCAUCGAUGCCAAGUGGUCUUUAGCUCUUGGCUUGCCUUUACCACUGGGAGAGAGUGCUGGCCGCCUGUAUCUCUGUGAUAUUGGGAUACCAAAGAAGGUUUUCCAGGAAGUGGGAAUCUCCUACCACUCGCCUUUUGGCUGCAAGUUUGUCAUACCUUUGCACUCUGCAUGAUCAUGGCUCGGUGCAGAAGAAGAGGAAUGUACAAACACUGGCGACUGGCAGCGAGAAAAGUAUGGCGAAGAAUUUGAAGCCUUAAUGGACAACUGACUUGGGUUUAAAUGAUCUUUAUUGUAUAACGGAUUGUUUUUUGACGCAAGGAGAGCAGAGUGUCCUGUUGCAACUUGUGCAAUACCACAUUCCAGUAAGGGAUGGUUGUGCUCAAGGCGGUUAUUGCUUUGCAUUUUAGCCAUGUCCCUAUGCAAGUUACUGUGCUUUUACUCAGAAGGCUGCGCACAGUACUCUUCGUGACAUCUCUAAGUUCUUCAGCAGUGUUAGAAAGAGAACCAACAUGGGGCGUUGUUGAAUUGUCCCACGGCCCGUUGCUGUCGUGUGGAGAAUUUUCAUCUCAAACUUGAACAGGCUUAAUAACUGGGUAGUUAUUCAUAAAGGAGGACGAGACAUGGUGGCAUAGACUGUGUAGGAAAGAAACAUGGUGGCAGAGACUGUUUCUUUGUACCAUUUUAGAAUAUUGUUGGAAUAUUGUGUCAGUAACGAACAGGCUGAUGGUUUGAAAUAAUUCUAAACCCUGUUUUACAAUGCAGCUAAAAUUGGCGGAAUACUGACUUUUCAUCCUGCACAAGGUAUCAAAACACAUGCAUUACCAUCUCUGGAAUGCAGGAAUGGCAUUAUCUUGCGUAGUGCAGACUGGAAAAUAACUCCAGUGAAAAUGCAAUUUUGAAGGAAUGAAAUGGAUGCAUGAUUCUUUUUCGGACUUAAAUUGGAUGAAUUUUUUUCAACAGUAGUUCUAGCUUCAAACAUUCCCAGUCUUGAGGUGCCAUUUUGAAUGGAGUACCAACUCCAUUUCUCUGGUGGUCGAAUUUUAAAUCUAUCUGAUAUGAGAUGGCUUUAAGAAUAAUGGGUGGGUAUAGUAAGACUAAUCUGAACAAGGAUUUUGAGUGGGAUCCAAUGUUCAAGAUAAUCCUUUACCGUGAGCUAUCAGAUAUCAGUUUAAUGAUUGUGUGACUUUUGAGGGAAGGAUAAGGGUUUAGUUUUGUUUGCCAGCUUAGUUACUGGCAAGUACAGAGUGUUUCUGCACAGUUCUAAUGGGGGAAGGGGACAGCACGGAAUUAGUUUGGUGGGCAUUAUUGUAAUAAAACAAGUCCUUUCAGCAAGGAAAAGGCCAAAUGCCCAUCAAAUGCAGCUGAUAUGAGGAAAACGCAAAGGUGAGGCUGUUUUCAAAGUUGCAAAAUAUAGCAGAGCCUGGAGUCUAGCUCAAAAUAUAUACAAAAAACUGAAGCCAGCAGUAUAAACAGACCUUCUUUGUGCCCCUAAUCUAAUGAAAUAUUUAAUGUAACUUUGUUAUGGUUAGAUUAACAAAGAAUUGUGGUAAAUGGCUGAAGAUUUUAAAAGGUACCCCAGGUGGUUUGGGAGUUAUUCUUUACACUGACGCUUUUGUGUGCCUGAAUAUAUUGCAUAGCAUUGUGUUACUUGCAUUCUAACCGUGUGAUGUUCAUGGCAUUCAGUAAGUGAAAAGGUGGGCCAGUUUGUUGGUCAUGCUGGCUAUCAAUGGCACAUGACCCAAUCAACAAAGGCCCAAUAUGUAGUGUGGAUCAAUUCUUUGUUCCUCAAGUGUCAAUAACGUGCCCCUGUUACAGGUCUUGCUUGGACAAUCGUAACCUAUUCUCUAUAAAUUUAGGAAAUGGAGGAAGAGAAGCAAGUCCAGAGAGUGGCUUCUGAAUGUUUAUGAUAAACGCUGACCCCUUGUGAACUCCAAAUUGCAUCCUCUUGAAUGGCAUCCACAAUUUACCUCGCUUUCGAGACACAAAGGUAGUCUCAGCUGACUUAAUUUCUUAAAAUGAGUGCAGAGGGAUUUCUCUGAAGAUGCUACUUGGGUUUUCCCUCGAGUCACAGGUAGCAACACAUUUAUAAUGUUAAUAGUUGUAGAAACUGAUGAAGAUUCUUUAAUUUAACUUGCUGAAACGUUCAAAAUCUCACUGAGGUCCCCAAGCGAUUUUCUGUGGGAUGCCAAUGUUUACACAAUGUGUCCCUGCCUGUCUGCCCCCCUCUAUAGCACGUUCAUCUGUAUCCUUGUGAAGUGCAGUUGCAAUCACAUUUGUUGGAAGAUCACGGCUGUCCAAUACCAAGUGAUAAUAUUUAGAACCAGGUUAUCUAUUUGUUGAAGCACUGACAUUAGUUGUUUCUCUUUGCAUGCUUCCAUCUACCUUCAGGAACAAUGGUGAAAAGAUUGGAGGAAUUUGGGUAGCGGGUUUGAAAUCUUAACCAUUGCAAAGAAUUCCAAGUUAAUUUGUUUAUUUAGCUUAUUUUUUUUAAAUAUAUCAUACAAGAGCAGGUCUUUCAUUUUAAGAUCUUGCUAUCGUCUUUACCUUUAAGGGCCAACACACCAAAACGUUGGCAACUUUACUCGUGUUGUGGAUACCAAGAAUGUCACCAGUGUCAUGUUCCUUGCAGUGAGAACGGCAGUGUUUUCAGUGAAGAACCUGGUCACAUGCUUGAUAUCAUUUGGCCUCCCUUUCUCUUUCAUCCCUUUCAAAGUCGAUGCGACUGCAACAAUAUACCCCUUUCUACUAAGGCACAGAUUUUCUGACUGCCCAUCUUAUUCAAGCUUUCAAUCUGCUGUCGAGAUAUUGUUAUUGAGCCUCGAGUACAAUAAUAGUCUAUUUGGUAAAUAGUUUAUCUGUAGCAAUGUAAGGUUUGUGGGAAAACAUUCCCGUGCAAAAACUUAAUUGGCAGAUGAAAGCAGGGAAACAAAGAUCGCUUCCUGGAAAGUAUAUUUUUGAAGAAACAUUCAGAUUUUGUUAUAUAAACUGGAAAACAAAAGCUGUGAAAGGCUGUGCAUGAAAGCCUUUGCUCAGCGUUCCUCGUGAGAAAAAGUCUGGCCCAAACACUCUCAACGGUACGGGAUAUGUAUUUUAAAUGAAACAUAUGCACAAUUACAGUCGGAUGAGGCUUUUGUGGGUAAGGACUUUAAUGCCUGAAAUUUGGCCAACAGCCAUUGUCAACAAAUCUGCCCUAUUUUUAAGUGGUUUGAGAAAGCAUUACUUUAAUAAGCUUGAAGAUAGACACAAAAUGCUGGAGUAACUCAGCGGGACAGGCAGCAUCUCUGGAGAGAAGGAAUGGGUGACAUUUUCGGGUCGAGACCCUUCUUCAGACCGAAACUUCACCCAUUCCUUCUCUCCAGAGAUGCUGCCUGGUCCGCCGAGUUACUCCAGCAUUCUGUGUCUUUCUUCGAUUUAAACCAGCAUCUGCAGUUCCUUCCUACACAUUAUUCUUCAUACUGACGAUUAAAGAUCUCUGCACCACAACAAUUAAUAUUAUCCAGCUGCUAUAGCAGUGGAGUGCCAAUUUCCGUUCAAAAAUAAGUCAGAUUUGUGGAUAAGCUGCUUCAAAUAUGACUGCAUUAUCAAUGCAUCAAUGUCCAUGGCUCCUUGGUGAGUGGUGAGCAGAAUCAAAAUAUCCUGGUGCUUUUGGGGAAACGUGGUGUUCUCCAUUAAAUACCACCGUGUACUUCAAUGAACGCUCAUGUUUGAAGUUGCAGCAUCACCUCCUUCUCUUAUUCUCUGCCCCAGAGACUUGAGCAUAGCAUGCAGAACAUUCCUGACCCAGGACUAAUCUAGACAUCUCUGUACAGUUGUGAAUCUUUAACCAGUUCCAGAAGUGGUCAUUCCUAAAGGGAUGAAGCAUUUGGCCUUGAUUUGUGCUCAUUCAUUAAAACAAAAUUGUGCUCUUAUCUGCCAUAUGUAUGAAUCUUUCGAUGUAGUUACAGCACUGAUUUGAAGAGGCGGGCGGUUUUGUAGAAUCGUAUCUUCCUUAAAAUAGUUACUUUUAGUGAUUAUGCGUUCUAUCAACAUUGGCAGGAGAUGGUCGACAAUUUGAUUAUCUCUGCUGUAGUUCCUUGGCCUACUUUUACACAUGCAAACCAUUUCAAAACUUUGCUCUCUGGAGAGUUGCAAGCCCCCUGGCUUUAACCUUAACAAAUAUCCAUGGAUGACUAUUGACUGACUCUAGGCCUCCCAGGCAAUGCAGGCAGAUGUGACCCAGUUUGACCUUCGAACAUGUUUGUUUUUGCCAUUUACUUCGGGGGACGAGCGGGGGAAGAAAUGGAACAGGUUUUACGCACCUAUUACCACCCAGUUUCCUGCCAGGUGGACAAUACUAGUGCUCAGGCCACAGUUUAGAUUUAGACUCGAGUUGGUGCAGGUGAAGCCAUUAGAUGUUCAUUUUCCAAGAGCUCACAAAUUGGCAGCUUGAAGAGUUGCACGCCCAUGUUGGAGAGAGAAAAUGGAGGAUGCAAAGGUGGUUUGUUUGUAUGUUGGUGGCCAUCUUGUUGUCCAAAACCCGCCAUCUUUUACAAGUGCACGCAGUUGCCGGUCUUGACCUACUCGCUCAACUUUAUCGGGAACAGUUGCUAGCAAACUCUUCAUGGUCUACACUCCCCAAAGUAAAGUGAAAUCAUUUAAAACUUCAACUGCAUGAAUAAAAGGAUCAAAAUUACUGCUGGGAGAUAAUGCUGAAAUAUUGAUGCCAUAUAUUUCUGUACAAGGUUUAACCUGGCUACUGUAUCUUAUGAAACUGUCCUUGGAAUAUUUCAGGUCAAAUAUCUAUUGGUACAGUACCUCAUGUUUACAUUUUUCACAACUGGGGCACCCACCAUAGCACCAGUAACUUAUUUCUCGAAGUAGAAUGGCCACAUCCCCUCUAAAGUUAAUCACGCAUUCAGUGGAAACUCUUCCACCCAAGCUUUGGGAGUGUAUUUUGCUGCAUCAGUGUUUAAAUAUUGAGCUGUGUUGUUGGUGCCAGUGUUGCUUCACUCCCUCCUUGCUGUUAUGUGCUACUGUGGCCAACAGCGUUAAAACUUCUCUUCAUUGGAAGGUAAUUACUGAACUGAAUAUCAGCAAUAUGUAAAGAUAACAAGCAAAUUUAGAUAAUAAGUGAAGCAGAUAAUGUGUAAGCUUGGUUUGCAAAGUUGAAGCGAGCUGGCUUGUUGCUUCAGACUCCAGUACAUACCUCUCCAUCGUUCCAGUUUCAUUGCAUUACAUUUAACACCAGAAUCGAAACUGAUGAAUAACAUUCAAAGCUGUAGUAGUCUAUGGUAAUUAUAAGGAUACUACUUCAUGAGUAAUUGUGACUUCAAUAUUUUGUGGAUUUGUUGCUUUUAUUCACUGGCAUUUGCAAACUUCAAGUGUUAAAUUGGAAAUAUUUUCACCCAAAUAUGCUUUUGUGUUCUGGAGGGUAUGUGACUCCUCUUUGAUUACUCGAAGAAAGUGCUCAAUAAAAUUUGGAAUUUUCCAGUGA